UCCCGCUUUGGCCUCUCCCUUGACAUUGCACCCCCAUCUUCUCUCCCUUAAUCUCCUACACAUACAUUGCUCGCGAGAAUCCCUCAAAGAAAGCCCCAAGUCUCCCUCCCUCUCUCUCUCUCUCUCUUUCUGCUCCGAAAGAGAUCAAGAAGAUGAUCACCCGGUCGCUGGGCUUCGACGAUCUCCGCCUCGAGCGCGGCGACUCCACAUUCCGCCUCUCCACCAACGAAAACAACGCCAGCAUCAUCCGGCUCCACGCAUUCGGCAAGAGCGACGGACGGACGACGGUGGCGUUCCACCUGACGGAGGGACGGCGGUGGCUCUCCUCCCACGUGAUGUCCGCCGUGGAGACCGGAGCGAUGGACGACGGCAGCCCGCGGGUGUUCGACAAGAUCUUCCACCCCGAGCUCCGGGUGCUGCGAAGCCCGUCGUCGUCACGGGAGAGCAUGAAGCGCAUGCUGCUCCGGCUGGGCGUACUUUGCCCUGAAAUUCUUGAGGGUUGCGGUGAUUGCUUUGCUUUCUUUGGUUCGGCGGCGGCGGGGAUCGCGGCGGCCACCGGGUGUUCGGCGGUGGUCGUGGUGGUGGAGAUCAGCCUGUUCAGGGUUUAUGAUGAUAGCGAGGACGCGGAAGCUACCGAUUCUUCUCUCUCUUCUUCUUCUUCUUCUUCUUGUUCUCCAGCGGUGGAGGGUUUAGAGAAGGUGGAAGGAAGGGAGGGGAGCUGCUGCGCCAUUUGCUUGGAGGACUUCGCUCCGGGGAUGGAGUUGGCUCGGCUGCCAUGUUUGCAUGUCUUCCAUGGUUCUUGUGUGGGUAAGUGGUUGGAGGAGAGACCGGCGUGUCCGCUCUGUCGUCGAUGUCUAUGAGUGGUAGUACUCGUGCGUGCGGUUAUCAGAUUCAUGUCUUUCUUUUUUUUUUUCCGGCUACCUUUCUUCAUGUAUUAUUUGUGUUUAUUGAUGUAGCCGAAUUCUUGGAUCCGAGAAACGAUCAGACUUUCAAUUUAAAUUUAUCAAGAAAAUUUUU